GCGCGGAACAGCUCCGUAUUCAGACGUGUGUGUAGCAGCCUUGUACUGUGCACUUGAUAAUAAGGAGCUGCUGACACGCUGGGGAUUCCCGCCUCAGCAUGCCCCAUAAGAGCAAGAAAGACAAGGAGUCCUCCAAGUCUGGAAGGUCGAAGAAAUCUGACAAGAAUGGGCCCUCAGACCAAGAUGGCAAGAAGGUGCCUCCUGCUGCCCAGCUCCUCCGGGUGAAACAGCCGGGGUCACACUCGGCCAUGAAGCGCGAGAAGCGCUUCAGCACAUCCACGUUUCCUCUCAGUGCCAACAGAGAACUCCAGAAACUCACCCCAAUCGUAGAUGUGGCCCCGGCGGAGCAGGAGAAGCUCUUCAUCCAGAAGCUGCGUCAAUGCUGCGUUCUGUUUGACUUCCUCUCCGACCCGCUCAGUGACCUCAAGUGGAAAGAGGUCAAACGGGCGGCGCUCAGUGAGAUGGUGGAGUACAUCACCCACAACCGCAAUGUUAUCACCGAGCCCAUCUACCCUGAGGUCGUGCACAUGUUUGCAGUUAACAUGUUCCGGACCCUCCCACCUUCGUCCAACCCCACCGGAGCAGAGUUUGACCCCGAGGAGGACGAGCCCACGCUGGAGGCUGCAUGGCCACAUCUCCAGCUCGUCUAUGAAUUUUUCCUUAGGUUUUUAGAAUCGCCCGAUUUUCAGCCCAACAUAGCAAAGAAAUAUAUUGACCAGAAGUUUGUUAUGCAGCUGCUAGAACUGUUUGACAGUGAGGACCCCAGAGAGCGAGACUUCCUCAAAACCACGCUCCACCGCAUCUACGGGAAGUUCCUGGGGCUGCGGGCUUACAUCAGGAAACAGAUCAAUAAUAUUUUCUAUAGGUUUAUCUACGAAACAGAGCAUCACAAUGGUAUAGCAGAGCUGCUGGAGAUACUUGGAAGUAUAAUUAAUGGAUUUGCCUUACCACUUAAAGAAGAGCACAAGAUUUUUCUGUUGAAGGUUCUAUUGCCUCUGCACAAAGUCAAAUCACUCAGUGUCUACCAUCCACAGUUGGCCUAUUGCGUCGUGCAGUUUCUGGAGAAGGACAGCACUCUGACCGAGCCGGUGGUGAUGGCCCUGCUGAAGUACUGGCCUAAGACCCACAGUCCUAAAGAGGUGAUGUUCCUCAACGAGCUGGAGGAAAUCCUGGAUGUGAUCGAGCCCUCAGAGUUUGUGAAGGUCCAGGAGCCGCUCUUCAGACAGCUGGCCAAGUGUGUAUCCAGCCCGCACUUCCAGGUGGCAGAGAGAGCCUUGUACUACUGGAACAAUGAGUACAUCAUGAGCCUGAUCAGCGACAACGCAGCCAAGAUCCUGCCCAUCAUGUUCCCAGCAUUGUACCGCAACUCCAAGACUCACUGGAACAAGACCAUCCACGGUCUGAUAUACAACGCUCUGAAGCUCUUCAUGGAGAUGAACCAGAAGCUGUUCGACGACUGUACACAACAGUUCAGAGCCGAGAAAAACAAAGAAAAGGCAAAGUCUAAAGAACGUGAGGAGGCUUGGAUUAAGAUCGAAAACCUUGCCAAAUCUAAUCCACAGUUCUCUUUGUAUGUUGAUUCCUCUGACCUCAAUAGUCCUGUAGCAAUGGAGACGGAUGUCCCGUUGAUAGAAGAUGUUCAGAGGUUAAAAAAGACAGUUGAGGAGGGCGCCACUCAGUUGCAGCUGGAGCAGAGGAAAGAGCGGCCCAUGGUGCGGCGCAAGUCCGAGCUGCCUCAGGAUAUCUACACCACAAAAGCCUUGGAGUCCCACCGCAGAGCUGAAGAAAUGCUGACCACCCACGAUGGACUCUAGGGGGCGCUGUCUCCGUGUUCGUUGCCCUUCCUCCCAGACGGACAGCCAUGAACUCUGUGUGUCGCCAUGGUUACGCCUGGCUCCGCCCUCCUUAGUUCGUUUCAUUCCUGCAGUUCGGACCCCUUACUCAGACUUUCUCAGGUUUUUUUCUGUUGGAGAGGAGGCUCGUGUUGGUCGUUUAGCCCUUGACAUUUCACUGUGUUGUUUGCUCCAGUGUUCUCCUCUGAGGGGCGCUGUUUAUCCGACAGUAGGGUCCGGUCAACAGGAGAGCUUUAGUUUUUUUAAAAGAAUAUUCAUUUGGGACAGUGUAGUGUGCAUACCAGACCAGAGGGUGACAGUGUUUCUUCUAUAGCACAAUAGUGUAAGCUCAGAAUAAGCUCCUGAUACACUUGAGGGCCUUUUAUAAGCGGAUACCUGAAUGCUGAAAUCUGGUGCAUUAUUUUAUUAAUAGCUACUCACAAGGGUUGUAAGUAAUGAUUAAAUAAAAUAAUUUAAAUUAGAGUGUAUAUUUAUACUAAAUUAAGCCAUUUGGAUCAAAUUGGCUGAUUAAUACUUGUGUAAUUAACCAUCUGCUGUAAAGUGGGCUGUUCCACGUUGAAAUAAUUAACUGGAAAUUUCAGAUAUUUUGUUCCAGGGAGACCCAGAAAACAUGACACUAUUAUUACAGAAUUAACAAAAGAUGUUUAAUGGACCUAUUGUCGUGUAAACAGUUUUUCUUUUUCUAAACUGUUACUGUAAAUGUGGAAUCUCGGAAUACCACUCAGCGAGGUCCAUCAUUCCUGCUUCCUUUUCAUCGGAUCGACUCCGGAACUGACUGGCUCACUGUCCCAAGCCUGUGUCCUGCUUCUGUCUGAAAGGGAACGGCUGCCCUUCCACUGCACUGUUGUCAGAGGACCUGCCCUGGGGCAAUCUUCGCUCAGUGCCAAGACUCUCCCCUGGUCUCCACUGGUCUCCACGGUGACUGACAUGAGGACUCCUGCCUGGUUGUGGUUGUGUUCUUCUUUGUGGUUCUCUAGCACACUGAGGCCUGUUCUUAGCCGUGUCCAGCGCCGGUGAGGGCCCUCUGACACUUUCGGCUUGGUUUGUGCCAUACGUUGCAACUUUUUUGUGCUUGCUUCUUUUUGUUUAUUGGCAAUUCUGAAAAAAAAAAAGAAAAACAGACCACAAAGACAGUUUAAACAAUGGUACUCUGGCUUCCCUCUCCAUGGAAGCUUGAUUGGAAGUUUGAGUUUAGCUGAGACAGGCGAGGCUGCCUAAGAUGGGGGCAAUGUAUUACAAAGAUGUCUUGGAAAUAUAGUCUUAAAAUAUAUGAAAAUUAUGUUGACAUAAUUGUGAUCUUGUUCUCUACGUCAUUCCUGCAUCUUCAGCUUUUAGAUCGUAGAGUUUAGACAUGAAAUCCGUGUGGCUCUAGUUUUAGUGUUAAAUAUUCCAGCCCCAGUACCAUUGUUUAAAGUGCACUGGUCUGCACUGUGGAUUGGUUUGGGCCGUACUCUAAACUGACAGCCUGCUCCCUGCGACCUCAGAAGCAGGCGCUGACAACAAACUGACGUACCUGUUUUCAUACUGUCUUUGCUUGAAUGCAAAAAGCUGUAAAUGAAGAACCAUGUUAAACAUGUACUUAAACCUGGAGGAAUGCCAUCAUGGACUUCUGUUGUAGACUCCAUUGCAUUUAUAAACCAGUCUUGCUUGCUGAGAGAGAUGUUCUAUGGAUUUUAUGACUUUGAGUACGAGCUGUGUGCGAUGAUUUCUGUGCUGACAAUUCAUCCGUGUUGAGAUGACUUCAGUGAUGGCUUGUGCUCACUGCAGGCUCUUUGCAGUCUUUUACUUUUAACAUAUUAUUUCCAAAAAAUAACUUAAAGUGUCCUUUUGUAUGUGACCUGUACUAUAUGAUUCAUUUAAUAUUGUAUAUAUGAUUUACCUUGUUUCAUGUAGUGUUAUAUAUCUAGAUUAAUUUUGUACAAAUUGUCCCUCUGUACAGAAUAAAACAUCAAUAGCAAGUAAAACGGCUCCUGGCAC